AUGGCAGGAGGAAAGGACGGCGUGGUCCAGAGGGUGAUUCGUGAGGUGAGCGCCGGGACCGGGUUCCCAAUGCUCACCAAGACCAACUACUCCGACUGGGCAUUGCUCAUGAAGGUCAAGCUCAGAGCCCGGUUGCUCUGGACCGCCAUUGAGAAAGGGGGCGUCGAACCCCAUGAAGACAUGCAGGCGCUCGACGCGCUCUGCAGUGCCGUGCCGCCGGAAAUGUGGCCGGUGAUCGCAAAUAAGGAGACGGCCAAGGAGGCCUGGGAGGCUAUCGCCACCAUGCGGAUCGGCUAUGACCGCGUAAAGAAGACGUCGGCUCAGAACUUGCGGCGGCAGUUCGACUCGGCGACGUUCAAGGAGGGAGAGUCUGUUGACGACUACGCCCUGCGUCUCAACAGCAUGGCGUCGACUCUCACCACCCUCGGUGACAAGGUCGAAGAGACGCAGGUAGUGGAGAAGAUAAUCCGCAGUGUUCCCCAGCGUUUCAGGCAGAUCGUGGUCGCGAUCACGAUGCUGCUCGACGUGUCGACGCUCACCGUCGCGGAUUUGACGGGUCGGCUCAAGGUGGCGGAGGAUGCCUUCGAGGAACCACCGCCGGCUAUGCACCACGACGGCAAGCUGUACCUGACCGAGGAAGAGUGGGAGGCACGGCGGAGGAAGCGUGAUGCUGAGAAAACUGGUGGUGGAGGUAGCAGCAGCGUGACGCACCGUAGCAGACAUGGGCGCGGGCGCGGGCGCGGCCGUGGCAGCAACAAGGGCUUGUCAUCAGGCGGCCUGACGGGCAACUCAGGCCGGCCCAGCGGUGAUGAGUGCAGGAGAUGCGGGAAGCUGGGCCACUAG